ACAAAACCGUCACUUGACUCCACGACAUCCGUAGUUUGAUCUGGGCACUUUGGGGGAGAAACGAUUCUACCAGAUAAUCAGCAAGCGCCCGUCGCACUGAAGGAAGUAGAGUGUGGGCGGGGGGGGGGAAGACAUCUCAGGAAAUGCCGCAAGUCUUGGGUCGCAGGAGCAGGUCCCUGAAACAAACCUCAUGCCCGACGACGACGACCAACGAAGCAGUGUGUGUCCCCAAAAGCAAUGCUACGAAAGCAUCAUCAUCAUCCAUCCAUCCCCUUGGACGACGACGGACGCAUCGGUCCACACACGCUGACUGCGAUCUACGACCUGCAGCCAGGCGCGGCGCUGCCCGUAAUCUCCCGGCGCUUCCAUGUCCGCCUAGGCACAUGUGCAUACCGAUAUUCAGAUGACGAUCCCGAGCUCUCUUUCUUCGGGAGACCGACACCUGCGGCUCUGUCGUCGCAUACGAUCUGGGGAGAG